GUUUGAGUAACUGAACUCCCAGAAAGAAAUUUAUUUCUCCAUUGAAGUGAAAAAAUAUAUUUUGAAAUACUUUCGAUCAAUUUGGAAGACAUACAAUAGAAAGGAAGGAAGUAGAGGAACGAGCAAAUCAUGUGCGAUUAUGAGCAAUCUUCUCACUUAACAUGUGGAUGUUCUUUAGGCCACUAACGUUUCGGUGAUAGGAAUCUUCAUCGACCUCAACGUGUCUCAAGAUGAUGAACUUCUUCAGAAAAUUUAUCCCAGGUUCAAACUUACCAUCAGAAUCUCCAUCCCUCGAACAGUUAAAAAAGCACACAAGUGACUACAAAGUAGAAAUUUUUUUCUUCAAUCUCCUAACUCGAGAAUGGGCAGAAAGUAUUUCAGGCUCUCUCACCAUCGACAAAUUUGGAAAACCCAUAAGGUCAUUCAUCAUAAUAAAAACAGAGGCAUCAUAUCCUUACAAUUUCAUCCGAAAAAUAACUCGAGAUUUUGAUUUAAUCCCCAAAGACGAAAAAACAUGGAUGCUUCGAGUUUCACUACAAACUAAAAAUUCGGAAUAUAAAGAACAUAACAUGAUAGCUUGUAGAUUUUCAACUCCGGAAAUAGCAAGAAAAUUCAAUACUUCAAUCAAAAGCAUUCAAGUUGGAGACAAAAUAGGUUUUGAUAGUUUGACUUUUCGAUUAGAAAUUAUUAGAAAAAUACACGAGCGAGAAAUUCUGGAAAAAGAGGCUGCUUUGUUUGCGAAUUUUUCAUCUUGGGAUGAUUUAAUUAAUGGGAAAUAUUAUCAAAGCUUUUAUAAUAAAGGAGAUUCUUUUCGAUGUACAGCUGAGGUUCGUGAAUUUAAUUACAGUGCCAAAAAAUGGAGUAACCUUUUCUUAGGAGUAGUGAAAAUUGAAAAUUUGAAAAAUACUGGACAAACGAUUCUCACCGUUAUAGAGAAUGAAGACUUUUUGAGACACGAAAUAACUUUAGAUAUUGAAUUAAUCGCUAUUGAUGAUAGAACCUGGAUGUGGAGGGGGUAUAAAAAAUGUGAAAAAGAAGUGAAAAGUCUUUUGAUUGGAUGUCGAUUUAUAAGUAUAAAAGUUGCCAGAAGUUUUAUGGAAGCUGUGAUUAAAGCUCAAGUUCAUGCACCUUCAAGAUGUGCUUUUCGAGAUGAGUACAUGAGUGCAAUUUUCAAAAAGGAAUUCGAAAUUAUCGUGGAAGAAAAUCAAGCUGCUUUGGAAUCAAAUUUUCCCGGGGAAUAUGAAAUUACUGAAUUAGAGGAUAAAAAAAUCCCAAAUUUGGAAGAUGCUCGUCUUCCCAGUACAUCGAAAGAAGAUUCUCUUGAGAGAGAAUUAACAGAGAACUUGAGUAAAUUCCCAAAAACAGUUUCUUCUAUUUCUCUCUCUUCUUUUUCUAUUUCUUCCGAGAAGAGUUCUUUAAGAAAUCAAUCAAACAUGGAAAUUUUGGGCGAGUUCAAAGCUGAGUUUUUUUGUUUUGAUUCCUUCACAAAAAAGUGGAAAGACAACGGUAAAGGGGCGAUGAAGAUAUUAAGGAAUGUAGAAAUACCGAAAAUAAUUAUUGCAAUCAAACCCGAGCAAUCCGAAGAGAAAAUUGUUUCUAAAAUAACAUUAGAUUUUCAGUUGAUAGAAAAGGAUCCAAGAAUUUUCAUCUGGAGAACUAAUAUCAAGGACAUGAAAGAUUCUUUGUUGGCGAUCAGAUUCGAAAAUCGCGAAAUUGCUAAAGAGUUAAAAAAUGCGGUAAGAACUAUUCAAGAUUUGUAUGCACCUGAACUUCCGAGCGAUGAAUUCGAAUUGGAAAUUUUGAAAAAAUUGUACGAGGCUGAAACAGAAGAAAAUUCGAUAGCUUGGGAAGCGGAUUUUCCUUCUCAUGUAGAUCUUUCCUGGCUUGGUGCAUCGAAUAUAACAAAAUUGAGAGACAAUUCUGAAACUUGUGAAACGAGACUUAGUAAAGGGGCCCUUUUUGCUUCUAAAGCUGAUUUGUAUAAAUUUGAUAAUAAUUCGAGAGAGUGGAAAAGAGUGACUGCACUUCCAGGGUUUGUUUCAAUUAAAAGAAAACGAUUUCAGGAGUUUCAGAAAACAUUAAUUUAUGCUGUUUCGGAUGAAUUUAAAGGGAGGAUUGUUGUAAAGUGUGAAAUAGGUAGUAAUUUAGAUUUGAAGUUGAAAAAUAAGACAACCUAUAUUUUUAGAGGGUAUGUGGAGUUUGAGAAUGGAGAUUUGGAGAGUUUUUUGGUUGCGUCUCGAUUUCCAAAUUCGGAAACUGCGAGAAGUUUUAAAAAAAUUGUAGAAGAGGUGCAGCAAUAUUCUCCUUGGAGGUGUUUUGUUCGUGAUCAAUUUUUAGCGGAAAUUUUAAAAAAAGAGAGUGAAAGUGUGAUUGAGGAAAAUGAAAUUGCUUUGAAUUCGAAUCUUCGUGAAGACUUGGAAGAAGUUGAGAAUUAAAGUAAUAAUGUUGAUUGGAAGUUGGGUCCGCACCCGGAAAUAAAACCUGCCUCAAUAUACUUAACUUAAUUAAUUUUAUAUCUAAGUUUACAAAAAUCGUGGAAAAUAUGAACAAAAAUAUGAAAAUUUUCUUUGUACGUAUAAUUGUAAUUUCAUGUUUAAUUCUAAUAUUUCAAGUUGCAUUUCAUCUUUUUCUAUUUUAGUCUUAGAAAUCCUUUUCAGAAAUAACUGAGACUCAUAAGAAUUUAAAAAAUAGUAAAUAAUAAAGCUGCAAACGUUCUAAUUUUGCCGAUUCCAUUUAAGAAUAGAAUUAAAUGAAAAGAAUUAAAUAAAUCAGCUAUGUAAAAAAGAAUGACCGAAAAAAACUUUUCUGAAUUGAAAACAAUGUAACCACCUCAUAAACAUUUACGAAAUAGCUAUAAAAGGGACUGAAAGAGUAAACGGAUAAACUUCCGAAAAGGGUCUAUGCCCGAUUUACUUCAAAAUGCUCAUACCUAUGUAUUUUGAUGCGCUGAUUACGAAUAUGAUAGUGAAAAUUGGGACCAAUUUGAUUUU